CAGUUUAUGACAAGGAACUAAGAAAAACCGAGAUAACAAACGACCAGCAACCACAGACCUGAAGAGACGAAGUGAUGAAGUUCCUUCUACUUGUCGUGAUUCUUGAUUGUGACUCAUUCAGGUUCUCUGCAGGCAGCGGAGCCUCGUCUGAGCUGAGUGUUUGUGCCAAUGGAUGGAUUGAGUUCAGCUGUAGUUACCCCAACGCGAGCAUUACAAGGUACCAGUCUGUUGAAGUAUUUAUACCCAGUGGACGACAAACCGUACGAAUCCCUGAGUCCGACCGCUGGGAUCGCACAGGCAACGUUCUGCUGUACCACAACACCACACACAGGACCCUCAGAGUCACAGUCAAAGAGCUUGACACAGUGAGGAUGAUGGACAGUACCAGUGUAGAUUUUAUCCAGGACCUGGCUCAGAACAUGAAAUCAUCAACGUGGACCUGGUUCCUGGUGAGAAGUGCAUCAUCUGGAAUCUGUAAACUAGAAAGAAGUGUCUUGUUCUGCUGGUUAAACAGAACUGAUUGGAGAAUUUGUGUUUUCUCAUCAGAUGCUGAUCACUGUUGGAACAUUAGUCGAACUGUGAACACAGCGGGUGAAAUAAAGCUCACGUGUCAGAACAGAAGAGACAAACUCCCUGUUCUGUUUUUUUGCAAAGAGACAGAUUUGAUCUGUGAAGAAAUAUUAUCAACAUCUGGUUCUUCAAAGGGGAGGUUCACGAUGGGAGUCACCUCUCACAACUUCAGCCUCUCCAUCAGUGACGUGAGCUCAGAGGACAAUGGUGUCUACUGGUGUGGAGUGAAAUCGACUGAUGGACGUUACAGAGCAUUCAACGCAAAAAUACAGCUGGAGGUCAAAGUGCCUCCUCAGUCAGCGUCUCCAUCUGCUGAUCCUCAUGGUUCCUUGUCUUCAACCACAUCGACGCCGUGGACCGGAGCUUCUCCCUCUUCAGGCUCAGCUGCGCCUGAAGCUGACGGUGACUGCAGGACGACGGUGGCCAGUGCAGUUUGUGUGUGUGUGAUGGGCCUGGUGCUCAUCGUGGUCGUGUUCUACAGGUGUAAGAAGCUUCUUUACACUGAAACGCACACGCGUAUUCAUAACAGCUGUGCAGGUGCACAUGAACACACAGCAUGAAGACGAGCAGCAGGUGGAGUCAGAGCUGUGAGGACGUGGGACUGUGUCAUCAUACGUCCUGGGUUUGUGCUUCUGCAUGUGCUGUGGUUCCUUGAGGCUCAAUGAUGAAUUCAUGGGUGGUUGAUUCAAAGCGUCUGUCAAAUCCACUGAAUAAAGCUCGUCUUUACUCACAUCCUGAGUGUUUGAUGUCAGAGCAUGAAUAAGAAAAUGUUGUUUGAGAAAUUUUGAACUGUAUU